AUGCGACAAUUUGCGGCCAGCGAGGAGGACUUCGAGUCUCUGCCGCCUGCAGUUCGACGGAAGUUGCGCACCGGCCCAGCUGGUCCUGCUGGUGGACGUUUGGACCUCAAUACGAGUUCCCCGGCCUGUGGCUUUGUUCCUGAACCUGCCCCCACGUUGACCCUGCACAUCCUUUGCCUGCCACGACCGCGGGUGAUUCAUGGUUCCUCCCACACUCCCCUCCUUGGCAUCGACGGCUCCGAGGGCUUCAAUGAUGCUGCUGUCUGGGGCUCCACAUGGAGCGCACAGCCCACCAUCACCCUCACCGCACACAGAUGUCCCUUGUUGAGGGGUCCCCACCUUCCAUCUCCACUCACCCUCAAUCGAGUGCAGUCGAGUCCAUUCGCUGACCCGGAACAGUUCUUCUCGAAUGUCGAGCGCUUGCGCAUCCGGCUAGCUCAGAGCGAUCCCAGUUCCCCUAUAGGCUCCACGCACCAAAACUAUCAUCAUGGCCGGAGCUAUCGGCCCAGUGCUCGUCUGGGGCCUGGUCCCCUCCACCAUCACGCUCACGCUCACUCGCAUGCGCUGCAGAACCACGCUUUCACAACCUCGCUGACCAGGGGCCGUGGACUGGAGAAACGCUCUGCCUCCUCCCCGAAGAAACUUCGCAAGCCCGGCUCACUGCAACUGGCCUACCUGGUCGCCCAGGCGGACUCGCAAUGCUUUCACUCCCUCCCCGCUAAGAUCCAACAAAAGCUUUUCUCUGCCGAAGAACGCCGCCGUCUUCGCCACGUGUACCCCUCCCCCUCAGACGCCACACUCCCCGUGGCCCAGCCGGAUACUGUCUUCUACGAUUCCGACUCCGAUUUCGACGAGUCAGACGCCAGCAUGGAUCCGUCUCUCUAUGACAGCUUUCGGUGGCUCGAUGAAGAUGGCGAUCUGGACCUGUCCCUGGACGAGUACCAUGCCCAUGUAGCAGACGCUGCCACGGCCAGGUCCAAGUCCCGGCGCCGCACCUCCUUCCGCCGGUCCCUCUCCUUUUCAACACAUUCUCUGAGACAGCAUCGGCCUUCGCCGUCAAUGCCCACUCGAGUUCUGCCCUCGAGCGUAUCUAUCCAGCCCCUCUCCCCUCUGGCGUCCAGCCUUCGCUCCUCUCGCCCGGCGUCUCGUCGCCACGAACCCAUCCAACAUGCCCCCAAGUCUUCCACCUCGAGCAUUGAUCCCACCGCACAGUACUACCAAGACCCGGAUGCCCGUCUCAAGUUGCGGGUCUAUCUCGCCUCGCCACAAAAAUUCGAUGAGGCCAUCGAGUUUGGUUUUCCGUCUGUCGACCAGGACAAAGAAAAUGUCGCCCCGGGCAACAAGUCCAGCUCCCCAAAGCCCCUGCCCCUGCCGGUGGCGCGGCAAUGUACUGGUACUUUCUUCGAAGAUGAUGAUGGGACGGUGGUGGGGAGCCCUGGCGGGUCCAUUGAAGAGCCCGCAACUCCGCACCUCACCUCCCAUCCAUGGGAGACGAUGCGGCCAUCGACGGACACACCGUCACUGCUGCAGCGCCGUCAAUCGUUCUUCUCAGGCUCGAAGAUGGGCCCGCAACGACUCCCAGGGAAUCGUGAGAUGACCCUCAAAAUGACCCUGACUCGGCCAGACCUGCGUACUGAAUCCCCCACCCCGUCCCAGUCAUCUCCGCAGGAGGAUCCGCUGCGUCUGGCUGCGCUGCCCCCAGCGGACCGAAGCCAGAUGAGCUGGGACUCGGACCUGGAUGACCGGGGCGUGGUGAAAAAGAUGUGGCGCAGGAUCCGACGACGGGCUUAG